UCGUGGGGCGUGGCUAGAUCUUAAAGGUACCAGAUCCUAGUAGGCCGGGAGGAGGUGGUGGCUGCUCCAGGAACCCGGGGGGCAGGUGAUGCCUCGGAGGCCCGUGUAGAUUUCUUUAAAACCUCGCUAAUGUCCAGACUCAAGUCCUAGAUCUAUGGAGCCUACCAGAAACUGUCCACUGUUCGGAGGCGCCUUCUCCGCCAUCCUCCCCCCUGGGGCCAUUGAUGUGAGUGACCUCCGACCGGUCCCGGAUAACCAAGAAGUUUUCUGCCAUCCCGUGACCGACCAGAGUGUGAUCGUGGAACUUCUGGAGCUGCAGGCCCAUGUGCGAGGCGAAGCGGCUGCGCGGUACCAUUUUGAGGACGUUGGCGGGGUGCAGGGGGCUAGGGCCGUGCACGUGUUAUCUGUGCAGCCUCUCUGUUUGGAGAACUUAUCUUUGAGGGGCUGCUGUCAAGAUGCCUGGUUCCUUUCUGGCAAGCAGCAGGUAGCUAAAGAAAACCAGCAGGUAGCAAAGGAUGUCACACUGCAUCAGGCCUUGCUUCGGCUGCCCCGGUACCAGACUGACCUCUUGCUCACUUUCAACCAGCCCCCGUCUAACAGCAGGUCUCUUGGCCCUGAAAGUCUGACAUGUCCACCUUGGAGCCUGGAUAACUUUCAACAACUGGUGACUAGUUUGACUCUCCAUGACCCCAACAUCUUUGGUCCCCAGUAAAGAUGGUUAAAAAACACAACAUACUGCUGCUGAGGACUCGAGGACCCAGUUCUAAGAGGGGGAGCUCCCUUCCGCUUCUUCCCUGGACAUAAACAUAAGACACCUCCUCUGCAGAAAUAAACUUGCUUUAUGAACAAUAGGGUUUCUGUGGGCUUUGAAUCUAAGGGGACACUUAGGUCUCCCCAUUCCCCUUUGGUCUUGGAAAGGGGAGUUUUAAAGCUGUGCACAGGAGCAGGAGGGACCCAAGAAUGACAGUAGAAAACAUACUUUGGAGUGACUGAUUCAACCCUGAGGUGGGUAUU